AUGUCCCGGCAAAUGGAAAGACGGGUCUCCACACGAGCCAGGGGCUCCUCGGCCCCCAUCAUGUCUACCGGGCCAACUGGGGCCGAUGCGAGAGCUCCAGAUCACGGCCCUACUGCGCCUCUGCACUACACCUGUCCAAGCAUGACAUGUGUGGGGGGGAUGUUCUCGAUCGCAAUGCGACGGGGACUGUCGGACAGCGACAUCGUCGUCGAGGGUUGA